UCCCGCUGGCCUUGGGCUAGGCGGCGGGCUGUAGUCGCGACAGAGACGGCAGGUGAUGGUGCGCUGCGCGAAUCCAGGCGUGCUGCUGGCGCCUCUGCUGUUGCUGCCAGCGUGGCUGAGCGCCGCGAGCGACGCCGCGGGAGCCGGGCAGAGCCGCGCCAGGCCGAGCAGACAGCUGUGCAGGGCGGACAGCUUCAAGUGCGACUCCGGCCAGUGCAUCGACCCCACCACCGUGUGCGACGGCAGCGCCGACUGCGCGGACAGCAGCGAUGAGACGCGGCAGACCUGCAGCGCCCUCAACAUUCGAUGCCCGCCGUACUCGUUCCGCUGCGACUACGGGGGCUGUGUGGACGGGGAGAAGAGGUGCGACGGCGAGUUCGACUGCGUGGACUUGUCGGACGAGCGAGUCGCCGGCUGCAAGACGCCCUUGCCCAGUCCUCUGAGGCCGCCCAGCAACGGCACUGUCUGCAGUGACGCAGAGUUCCGCUGCGCUUCCGGCCAGUGCGUGGACGUCUUCUCGCUGUGCAACGGCGCCACCGACUGCAGCGAUGGCUCUGACGAGACGGAGGCGGAGUGCCGCGCCUUCAGGUGCCCCGGGUUCGCGUACCGCUGCGCGUACGGCGCCUGCGUGGACGGCACCGCGCGCUGCGACGGGACGCGCCAGUGCGCCGACGGCUCGGACGAGGACCCUGACCUGUGCGGGGGCGGCGGGUCGCCCGGGGGCGGCGGGGCGGCGGCCUGCGUCCUGCCCCCGCAGCCGCCCAGCGGCCGCUACUCCGUCAAGGGCUGCGGCGCCGCGGACUCCUCGCCGCUCUGCCGCGGCGUCGGGGGCACGGUCGUGACGGCGCCGGCGCUGCUCAGCUACAGCUGCGACGCGGGCUUCGUGCUGGACGGCGCGCAGUCCGUGCUGUGCUUCGGAGGGAGUCUGGCGCCCGAGCCGCCGGCCUGCAGGAGAGCCAUGUGCCCCUCGCUGGGCUCCAACUCGGUGACGGCGGUCUGCAAGCUGGGCGGACAGCCGGUGGACUGCAAUGGCGGCGCCUCGCCGGCGGGCACCGUGGCCACGCUGGCCUGCCAGGUGUCCUACCAGCUGGUGGCCGAGCCCGGCUACGACGUCAUCCAGUGCUCGGCGCAGGGCCAGUGGACGCCGCCGCCCUUCGCCUGCACCCCAGUGUGCGGCACGCGCAACCCGGACGGCAAGACCUUCGUGUCGAACGGCGUGGAGGCCAAGGUGGGCGAGUUCCCGUGGGUCGUCGCCGUCUACCGCAACAGCACCGAGGACUUCAAGAUGAAGCAGAUCUGCGGCGGCUCGCUCGUCAGCCUGCGCCUCGUCGUGUCGGCCGCGCACUGCUUCUGGAACGACCGCACCAAGAGCAAGCUGCCCAAGGAGCGCUUCAAGCUGGCCAUCGGCAAGUACUACAGGGACUGGGACGCCAAAGAGGACGAGCUGCAAGUCAGAGACGCCGCCGAGGUGCGGGUGCACGAGCGCUACCAGGGCCGCAAGCUGAACUUCGCCAACGACAUCGCAGUCAUCGUGCUGAACGUGUCGGUGGAGCUGACUUGGGCUGUGCGGCCCGUGUGCAUCGACUGGAAGAACGAGUACGAGAGGUUUCAGUUCGUGCCGGGAGUUAAUGGCGCGGUGGCCGGCUGGGGGAUCACUGAGAAGGGGCAGCCCAGCACGGUGCUCAUCACGACCCAGCUGCCCUUCGUCGACUUCUACAAGUGCUGGAACACCGUGCCAGAGAGCUUCCAGUCGUACGUCACGACGGACAAGUUCUGCGCCGGCUACACCAACGGCACGAGCGUGUGUCCGGGCGACAGCGGCGGAGGCCUCGCCUUCGAGCAAAGCAAGCUGUGGUACCUGCGCGGAAUUGUGAGCGUGGGAGUCAGCCCCGAGGAGGGUUCCAAGUGCUACACGGACCAGUACACGGCCUUCACCUCCGUCUCCAAUUUCCUGCCCUUCAUCAAGGAGGACUACCCGUAGUGGCCUUGAACCUCUCUUCUGCACCAGUGGUGGCGUCCACUCCUCUCCUUAAUUACAACUUGGCUUCUGUGUUCAGGUCACGCCUUUCACCUUUGUGGCUAACUGCUUGUCCUUUAUGAAGGAAGACUACACAUAGUGGCCUCGAACUACCCUGUUGCCCCAAUGGUGGCGUCAACAAUUACAAACACUUCUCUCCUUAAUUAUAACUGUAUUCCUGUGUUGAGGCCACGACAUUAACCUCGGUGUUCAAAAUUUACUGUGCUUUAUCAAAGAGGAUUGUCUGUAGUAGUCUUCUGUUGCUCUGCUGGUCCAGCAGCGGCAUCAGCCGUCCUUAACACUCCUCUCCUUAACUAUAUCCGGGCUGUAUUGUGGCCACGGCCUUUACCUCUGUGACCAUGUGCCUGCCCUUCAUCAAGUAGGACUGCACGUAGUUGCCUCCUGCCCCUCUGCUGCCCCAGCGGCGGCUAUCAACAGUUCCACAAGAAACCUCUUCCUAAAUAUAGAGUGUCCAUUAAAGAAUACCCCAGUUUCAAUUGUAUAUCAUAAGAGUUUAAUUUAGACUAAUUACAACAAAUCGAACAUCAAA